CAAUAAUGCACACAUGUUUUAGUUACAAAGUUACAAAAAUUUGUAAUUACUACGAAUUCUACAAUUAAUAACAAAAGAUUUGAUAUAUUAAUUCAAUAUUACAAUAAAAAUGAAUGCUUUACGUUCACUGACAAAAGCAUUUGUUCUAAAUAGAGGAUAUAAAACUGUUCAAUUAGAAACUAGAAGAUUUAUAAAACGAUGGGUUGCUCCAACACAAAUGGAAAUUACAAAAAGGAAAAAAAAGAUUGGGACACAGAUAGAACCUAUUCGUAGUAAUUUUCUGGAAUGGAACAGAAAUGCAGAACUUUAUGCAUUUAAUGAAAGACUUAGCGAAAAAUUUGAUCCAGAAUUAUUAGAACAAGCAUUGAUUCAUAAAUCUUACGUUAUUAAAGAAGAAGAAAUGCAGAAGCAACAAGGAAUAUCAGAUCCUAAACUUAAUCUAAGGGAUAAUAGAGAUCUUAUACAAGAUGGAAGAGAUUUUGUUUCUAGAGUUGUACACAAAUAUUUACUUGAAAGUUUGCCUAAUUUACCAGACGAUGGUAUUAUGAGUAUUCACAGUUAUCUCUUAAGCGAAGAAUCAUUGGCUAAUUCAUCUUUACACCUUGGAACAACAGAUUUAAUAUUAACUGAAGAAUAUCCUGUUUCGAGCAAAACAUUAGCUGAUACAUUUCUUGCCCUUGUAGCAGCUCUUGUUCAAAGUGUUAAUGCUAAUCAUGCUGCUAUAUUUGUUCGUGAUUUUUUAAUAACAAUAUUAGCAGAAAAAGAGCUUCCUAAUAUAUGGUGUCCAAGUAAUCCUCUACAAGAAUUAAAUGAUAUUCUUUUGAAAGAAGGCAGAGGACCUGCAGAACCAAGAAUCAUUGGAGAAACAGGAAUAAAUACUCUUUUGUCGUCGUAUCGUAUUGCGGUUUAUUCGGAUAAACAAUGUUUAGGUAUUGGAUGUGGUGCAAAUAUUCAAGAGGCAAAGGAAGUGGCUGUAAUUAAUGCUUUAUGCAAAAUAUAUGGAUUGUUAGAUUCUAGUCGUCCUAUAAAAUUUGACAAAGUUAUUGAGAUGGAUUAGCAAUAGAUGUUUAUAAUUUGAAGAAGAAAAAAAAAAAAAAAAAAAAAGAAAGGAAAGAAAAAAAAAGUUAACCUAUAAAAAGUCUCGAAAAAGAAUAAUUGAUCCGUAAAAUCACGUAGAAACAUUUUUGGCCUCCAUCCUGCGUGAUAUAAGAGGACAUACAUACAUGCAUGUAUAUGUAAACGUCUAUAAAUCUUUACUUUCAUUCGAUACAAUUUUCUCUUGAAUCUUAUUUUCUACAGCAAAAUAUCAAAGAAGAAAAAAGCAACGAAAAGAAGAAAAAAAAAAAAACAAAGAACAAAAGAAAAAGAAAGAAGAAAAAGAAAAAGAAGAAGAAAAGUGAGAAAAAUAAUUCCAACGAAAAUAUCACAAAGAUCAUAUCACUUUCUCUCUCGCGAAGAAUAAAAUACUAAAACGUGACUACUGGAGUCGCAAUAAGGAAUAGAUAUGUAAUGAGAGAGAGAGAGAGAGAGAAAGAGAGAGAGAGAGAGAGAGAGAGAGAGAGAGAGAGAAAGAGAGAGAGAGAGAGAGAAAAAGA